GUGCCGAGUGUUUACCGCCGUACCGCUCUGUGCGCGCGCUUAUGUAAAGCCCAGGGUGUUUUUGCGGGUUUCAUUCAGUGAAAUAAACUCGAGAUGUCCGCGGAAGAAGCGGAGAAACUGAUCCUGACCCCUCCGGCGGUGUCUGAGACUCCUGUGGGGGACGAGGAGGAGGAAUGGCUGUACGGCGACGAAGGAGAAACCAAGGAGACAGAAGAGGAGGAGGCCAAGCUCACAGUCGCGGUCAGCGCCCCCACUGCUCCUGAAGGCCCUGAGGAGAACAGCACCGGAAAUGGAGUAGCCACUCAGGAGGAGGCGCAGGGGGACAAUGAGGACAGCGAGAGUGACAGCGAUGACGACGACGAUGACGUCCGCGUCACCAUCGGAGACAUUAAGACGGGCGCGCCCCAGUACACGACGUACGGAGCGACGCCGGUCAACCUGAACAUAAAGACGGGCGGCAGCAGACCGUACGGAGCAGUGGGAGCGAAGGUGAAGGGUGUGGAUCUGGACGCCCCAGGCAGCAUUAACGGCGUCCCCGUACUGGAAGUGGACAUGGAGUCGUUCGAGGAGAAGCCCUGGAGGAAACCUGGUGCUGAUUUGUCUGAUUACUUUAAUUACGGCUUUAACGAGGAAACCUGGAAGGCGUACUGUGAGAAACAGAAGCGUCUGCGUAUGGGCCUGGACACCCUCAACAUCAGCACUGCUACCAGCAAGAUUUCUGUUCAGCAGGGCAGGACUGGGAAUGAAAAAGAGACUGUACUUCCUGUUCACGUUCCUAAAACAGACUUCACCACCCCGUCUAGCCUGUACAAGGCCGGCUUGAACCCAGCGAGUGGUAACUCUUCUCUGCCUGUCUCCCCUUACUCAUGCCCUCAUAGGAUAUCCCCUCCACAGUGGGCGGGGCCUGCAUCCCAAGACACGCCCUAUUAUACGAAGUCUACCGGGACCAUUGAUGUGAUCGGUGGACAAACGGCUACUAUUAGCCGGGUAGAGGGACGCCGCCGACACAACCUGGAGGGUAACAACAUACAGGUGAUCUCCGAACACUCGUCCUCCGAACCAGAGGCCACGCCCGCCAAACUCCCCACCUUCUUCCCUCCCAACAUGCCGCCGCCUCCUUUCCUGCCUCCGCCCCCGGUUAGCCAAGCCCCGCCCCUUAUCCCCCCACCAAGACUCCCGAUUACUGUCCCUCCUCCUGGUUUCCCGCCUCCUCCCAGUGGCCCGCCCCCUUCACUCAUGCCAACAUUAGACAACAGUGGGCACCCUGGAGCGUACGACUGCCGUCCUGUCACUCCGUUUCCUUUCCCACCUGGUGGUUACCCGCCGCCCAUGCAGGCCCCCGUGAACAACUGGCCCGGGAUGAUCGACAACUCGAAGCAGUGGGAUUAUUACCCUCGCCGAGACAAAGAGCGAGAGAAGGAGAGAGAGCGGGAGAGGACGAGGGAGCGAGGACACGAGCGGGAGAGAGAGCGAGAGCGAGAGCAUAGCCCCGCCUCCAUGGCCUACAACAGUGAUGAGGAGCGCUACCGUUACCGUGACUACGGAGACCGCGGGUACGAGAGGCACCGGGAGCGCUCAAGCCGAGAGAAAGAGGAGAGACAUCGCGAGAGGAGACACCGAGAGAAGGAGGAAGGGAGGCACAAGUCCUCACGCAGCAGUAGCAGAAGGAGGCACGACAGUGAAGAAGGUGACGGCCAUCGCAGACACAAACAUAAGAAGUCUAAGAGGAGUAAAGAGGGCAAAGAACCCAGCGAGGAGCGAGCAGCCGACCAGGAGAACCAGGAGGCCAUGGAGUAACUUCUCCUCACGUCUCAUCUCAUCUCGUCUUUUCCGAGCAGAAACCGAAUCCUCUACACUGUUCUGUAGAAUGUUUUUUUUCUAUUUUAGUUCUUCUGUAUGUUCUAGUGUUUAGUGAUGUGCUUUCUUCAAGUCCUGUGUAGAUGUUUUGUUGGAUUAAAAAAAGGCAUUUGGUAAUUUC